CGUAUAGGACCAUUCCACUUUGCAAUCAACACACUAAAAGUUAGCCAGCAAAAAUGUUUAAGCAACUUUUCGCAAUUGUUUUUGUUGCUUUGAUUUCAUCGUCUUACUCACAGUAUGUCUCUCGAGGCCAGUGUGAAGACAGAAAUAUAAAGCCAGUAAAAAAUUUCCCAGGAGUUAAUAGGUACGGAGAUGAUGGUAUUUUACACAGAUGGUACACUGUGUUUACUUUCAACGUGAAAGCUGACUGCCAAGAAAUAACCUUUAGAAGAAGAUCGUCACUAUUGACGGUGUCGAAUUUCUCUUUGAGACAAAAAGAUGUCUCAAAAGACGAAUGGCUUCCCAGUUCCGAUGGCGUAAUUACAUUGGCUAGUGAUAAUGGUGAAGGGAUUAUAAAUGUAAAAUACAAUAAUGCUGCCAGCCCACUGCAAUUUAAAAUUCUUGGGUACAAUAACUCUUUGUACACCAUCGAUUACAAUUGCGUCAAUAUAAAUAGCAAUUCCAGAAGAGAAACAUUAUACGCGAGAGGCAGACCUAGGUUUUACGAACAACGGGUAGCUAAUGAAGUCGAGAAAAUCCUUAAAGAUAACGGCCUGGCCGAUAUUAAACGAACAUACAUCUAUCAGGACGAAGAUGACUGCUUUUAAAAUAACAGUAAAAUUCGUGAAAUUUGUACGAAAUGAAUUAAUGUUAAAUCUGUUAGCAAUGUGAA